AUGGUGCUUCUGUCCGGAGACGGGAAGACGGUCGGGGAAUGCUGGAGCCCCACCGCAGGGAAACACCUGCAAGUACCACUCUCGGAGCAGGGGGUGCAGCCAGGAGGCGAGGACCGGGCGGAAGGGAAUCCCGCCAAUGGCGGCGGCCCUACCAUUAGCCCAGCUGUACGAGCAGAGCGGGCGCGAAGAGGCGGCGAAAGAAAAGAGGAGAACGACGAAGACGAUUAUGAGGAGUAUGAGGACUUCUCGGAGCUUCCAGACGCGCGCAGCAUCGCUUCAGACGACUCCUUCUAUCUCCCGCGGGGUGACGAGGAGGAGGUCAACUGGUCGCUGGGCGAGUCGGAUGAGUCUGACAGCUCUGAUCCGCUCACUCUCUUCCGAGCCUGUUGCACCAACAAUGUCAUCGUCCUGCGAGCCCUCAUCCGCCAAGGGCCAGAGGAGAACGACGUGAAGGCGACCGACCUCAACAACCGGACUGGCCUUAUUGUUGCCUGUUACCAAGGGUUUGUGGAUAUUGUAAUAGCCUUAGCACAGUGUCCUCAUAUUGAUGUAAACUGGCAGGACAAUGAAGGAAACACGGCUCUAAUUACAGCUGCCCAGGCAGGACAUAUUACUAUUACACAGUAUUUACUAAACUAUUAUCCUGGCCUUGAUAUUGAGAAAAGGAAUGUCUUUGGAUUUACUGCACUCAUGAAGUCUGCAAUGCAAGGCCGAACUGAAUGCAUCACAGCCUUGAUUUUGGCAGGGGCAAACAUUCAUGCAACAGACCCAGGCCGUGGAUUCACUCCUCAGGAAUGGGCAUGUUUCACAGGAAGAAUAGAAUCUGCCUAUCUUAUGCAAAGACUUAUGGACAAGCCAUGUGCUGAGCAAUUUUGUGACCACUAUGAGCUAGAAUGGCCAAAGAUGAAAGAACUUCUUGCCAAAGCUGCAGAGCCAAAAACCUGUCUGCAGAGGAUCUCAGAAGGUGUGAGGUCAGUAGUAACUUUCAAAGCUUUCAAAGGUCCUGAAGAAGAUGGUGUCCUUGAACAUAUCGUUAGAGUGACAACAAGUCUUAGGAGCUCUUUUGUUGCAAUAGCUUGUAGGACUGUGUGUCCUGGAAGUCCCCCUGGUAUAGGGAAACACAGGCCUGCUGUACAAGAGAUCCUUAGGAAACAAAAAGCCAAGGAAAUUAAAUCUUUGGAGAAUAGAGACCACUUUAACAGCUAUGAGAAGCUAUUUCAGAACUCCAGAAUUACAAUAGUCUCCAAAAAGGAGGAACGCCGAGCCAGCCUGCAGCCUUUCAGUCUAAAUGUACCUCAGGUGAGCAUUGUGGUUCCAAGGAAAACAAGCCUGUUGCCUCUGCACUUACUGAGAAGGAGCAGUAUGCGCCCAGGAAUUGUCAUUCCCAAAGUCCGUAUCAACAAGGCACCUCCACCUACUUUCCAGCCAGAGAGAGUCAGGCAGAACAGUAGUGCCAGUGACGGGCCUUACCUGCAGAUUCCUAAAUGGAGGUAUAAAGAGCUAAAAGAAGAAAGGAAGAAGGCAGAGGAAGAAGAAAAGAAAAAGGUGGAAGAAGCUCAGAAACAGAAGCAAAGGUGUCCCCAGAAAAGCAGGACUUGA